AUGUCGUCGGCGCAAAUGGAUCCACAUGAUAAGAUGAGAUCACGUGACUUAAGCAAAGUCGCGAGAGGCCAGCAAGCUCCAAGAUCAGCUCACACUCCCGGUACCGUGUCGCCGUCACCGGAAAACGAGCCGAAGUUUCGAGCUAAGAGAGGAGAUGACGACGGAGACGGUGGCGAAGAGAGGGAUUCGACAGUGGAUAAAGGGUUUCCGGUCACGAGUGAAACUCGACAUUGUUUCAAUCGGUACAUGCAGUACCAUAAGUGCGUUGAGAAAAAGGGAAGCGAUGCGAAUGAUUGCAACAACUUGAGAGAUUACGUACGUUCAUUAUGCCCUGAAGAAUUGGUUGAAAAAUGGGAAGAACAGAGAAAGUUGGGGACAUUACCAUCGUCCAUUUGA